AUGCGUUUCUUUACUCUCGCCCUCGCCGCCCUGGCCACCAGUGUCGUUGCCUUGCCGACCUCUGAGUUGAGAUCGACCACCGAUCUUGUUACACGCCACUUCCUCGACGGCUCGCACAGCUCCUUUAACCUCUUCGGCGGCUUAGAUGCCGAGGGUUGUGCUGCCUUUGCCGGAGCCUGCCUAGGUGCGAAAGCAAGCUCUAUCAGCGCCAGUGCUAAGGCUAGUCUUGAGGCCUGGAUCGGCACUGCCGAGCUCGACGUAGACGUCAAGGCCUCCCUGAAGAGCUGGUGCUCUGGAUCUGAUGAACUUGAUGUUGAUGUUAUCGCCGAGCUUGCUUUCUACCUCCCCGUUGCUGUCAGCCUUGCUGCCGAGGGUGGCCUGUCUGUCGCCAUUAGUGGCAUUACAUCUGUAGUUGCCGACCUCGGUGUUGCCCUCGAUGCCUUCCUUCAAGCCGACGUUACUGCCUUCCUCAAGCUUAAUGCCGAUAUCGAUUCUGAAAUCAAGGUCGCCCUCCAAGUCUGCGCCGAGGGUGGCGUCGUUGCUGCCCUCGCUGCUGACGUCAAGAUUGCUCUCGCCGCUUACCUGAAGAGCUCUAAAUGCGGUCUCUCCGCUGACCUCAAGGUUGCCAUUGGACUUUGGCUUGAAGGCAAGACUGGUUCUGGUGUCUCUAUCAUCGGAAAAGCCUCUGGUGCUGCCUCCGUCUCUGCCUCCGUCGGUGUUUCUAUCGCUGCCGCCGUUGACGUCGAAGGCAUCGUCUCCGCGACCUUCAUCACCGCCCUCAAGACCUGGAUCGCCGUCGAAGCUGGCUUGGAAGCUGACGUCAAGGCUGCUCUUGAGCUUUGCAUCGCCGGCAAAGCCGCCAUUGAGCUCGAAGAAGAGGUUGUUAUCAAGCUCACUGCCUGGCUCGUCAGUGACAAGUGCGGUCUUGCCGCCCAGCUCAAGGCCGUUGUCUUUGUCUGGCUGUACGUCCGCGCCACUGUCGGUGAAGCCGUCUCAGUCCUCUCUGCCGCGGAUAUUGCUACCCUCACUGCCUGGUUCGAAGGCGAGGUUUCUGCCUCGCUCAGCGCCGUUGUUCGCGGUGUCAUUGCUGCUGCCAUUGCUGGCGAAGCUGUCAUCAACGUCUCCCUGGACGCCGUCUCGGAGCUUGUCGCUGUUGUUGCCGGCCUCGUCUCUGACAUUUCUGUUUCUGUCGACAUUGUCAUCAUCCUCGGCAAGUGGGUUAGCGGUAACACCUGUGGCUGCCCCUAG